AUGUUGAAGAACGUCGCGCUCGGCCUGCUGGCCGCUCACGGUGCUGCCGCUUUGCGGUUUGCCAUGUACAUUGACGAAUACCAUGUUGCAGAUCUGCCAGGUCAGAACCAGACAACCUACAUUGACCAUGCUAUCAUGGGCUUUGCACCAUCCAAGAGCUUCAACUCUGAUUCGCCUCCAUCGUUCACCCCCUUCGAGGCUCCAGAAUCCUUCCGCAAGCGCUUCAGCGAUGAUACUAAGCUGAUGAUCGCCAUCGGAGGCUGGGGCGACGAAGCUGGAUAUUCCGAUGGUGCAAAGGACGCGGCUAGUCGCCAACGCUACGCGAAGAACGUGGCCGCCAUGCUUGAUGCCAACGGGUUCGACGGUGUCGACAUCGACUGGGAAUACCCUGGCGGAAACGGUCAGACCUACAAGCAGGUCCCCAACUCUGACAAGGUCUCCGAAAUUGAGACCUACCCAGAGUUCCUUGCAGAGGUGCGCAAGGCAAUCGGCAACAAGACCCUCUCCAUCGCUGUCCCCGGCCGCAAGCAAGACAUGAUUGCUUUCACCAAGGAGACUGGCCCCAAGAUCUGGGAAUCCGUCGACAUGGUCAACGUCAUGAGCUACGAUAUCAUGAACCGCCGUGACAACGUCACCAACCACCACACCAGCGUGCAGGGCUCGCUGGAUGUCAUCAACGAUUACAUCAGUAUGGGACUCGAUCCCGAGAAGAUCAACCUGGGCUUUGCGUUCUACGCCAAGUGGUUUACUACCGACCCCAACUCGGAUUGUGACACCAACCCGAUCGGAUGUGCCGUUGUCAAGCUUGAGAAUGACGAUGGAAGUGACAACGGAAAGUCUGGCGCGAUCACUUUCGAGGCCAGCACUGAUGCCCCGGCCCCCACGGACCUCAAGACAUCCUACAACGGCAAGUGUGGCUUCAGCGAGAAUGCCAAGUGCCCCGAUGGACAGUGCUGCAGUGCUUACGGAAACUGCGGCACCGGUGACGACUUCUGCCAGGCCGGCUGUCUCUCGGACUACGGAACCUGCAAGGGCAUCUCGAUCACAGACUCUUGGCGCCGCGCCCAGAAGGACGGAAAGACUGAUGACACUCUUGGUGGACAGUACUACUGGGAUAGCGAGGUCAACCUCUUCUGGACCUGGGAUACCCCUGAGCUCAUCACCCGCAAGUUCACUGACAUUGUCAAUGCCAAGAACCUUGGUGGUGUUAUGGCGUGGAGCCUGGGUGAGGAUACCUACAAGUUUGCGCACGUGGAUGCCAUGCAGAAUGGGGUCAAGGCUGCUGCUUCCACUCAGGCUACCAACGAGGGCGACUCGGCUGAGGAUUAA